AUGUCACGUCCCGAUGGACUUCCACACGACUUUGACCUUUCUCUCUUCGACGGCCGGGGAAUCAGCGAUCAUACCGCCCAUGGCUCGUCGCGGGACUUUGGUCCUAGCAUGCGCGAGCUGACCAGCUUUCGCGAUAACCGACUGCCCGACAGCCUGCGCGACCCGUCCUCGCGCCUUCUUCCGGCCAACUACUACGUCUCGUCACCGCCGCCACCCUUCUCGGCCGAUCGCCGGCCUUUGACAUCGACGGCGCAGAAUGUCUCUGGCUCCGGCGCCGGAUAUUCCUCCUUUGUUGCUCCCCGGAUGCACAAUGCCUCGCAGGACAUCGGCGUCGGCGGGGCUGGUGACAGCUGGACUUCAAAGCCGGCCACACUUUCGGCAACGAACGUCAACAAGCAUACCUCCGAAGGCGGCGGUGUGGCAUCUCAUGUUCAAGUUCAACAAUCCCUCUCUCCCUUCGUCCACAACCACAACCAUCAUACCCCGCCUCCUCCUCGCGGUCCCCCCGUCCAAGAGCAUUACACGUCUCCUCUCCUCUCAUCUACACCAGAUACGCGUGAUUUAUAUCUAACCCGCCAUAUUCAGCAUCAGCCACACCAUCAGCCUAGUUCCUCGCACGCGCAAUCCCAAUCCCCCACGAAUUCGUCCCGCUCUACUCUUUGGUGGGGCGAACUAGAACCCUGGAUGGACGAAGAAUAUGCUAAGCAGGUUUGUAACCUCAUGGGUUGGGAUCCCGUUAACAUCAAAGUCCCGCGUCCUCCACCGGAUACUGUCACUGGUCAACAGGCGAACAACCCAGGUUACUGCUUCCUCACAUUUCCAUCUCAGGCCCAUGCCGCGUCUGUUCUCUCGCAGAUUAACAGCAGCAGUAACUCGCCCGCAAUGAUAAUGCCAAAUUCCUCGAAACCCUUUUCGUUGAAUUGGACAUCGUCUAUCCCCUCUCCACCGGUAGCAUCUGCGCUUCCGGGACAGACCGCCACUCUCCAAACUGGACAGAAUCCUCAGUAUCCCAAAGAAUAUAGCAUCUUCGUCGGUGACCUUGCUCCAGAGGUGUCCAACUCAGAUCUCGUAGCGGUCUUCCGUAACCCAGUGCUUGGCCUGCGCAACGAUAGGGAACCUCGCUUUAUCCGCCCUUUUCUCAGUUGCAAGAGUGCCAAAAUCAUGCUGGAUCCGGUAACAGGUGUAUCGCGGGGAUAUGGCUUCGUCAGGUUCACGGAUGAAACAGAUCAGCAACGCGCGUUGAUAGAGAUGCAUGGCCUCUACUGCCUCUCACGACCCAUGCGCAUCUCGCCUGCCACCGCCAAAUUCAAGCCGGCGCCGGGGAUGACUAGUCUGGAACUCGCUCAGAUGUCGUUCCCUCUUGUCCCCCCUCCAGCUGCUGUGAUGCCCGACCAGCAAGGCCAGGUUACCAUUGCGUUGCCUGUUCCUAGCAACAACCAGACGAAGAGUGUGUCUGCUCCAUUAGCCGGGUCGGCUUCUUCUACGUCGAAUGGACAUACUGUUUCCAAUUCCACCUCCAAUUCCUCCCUCUCAGCGCCGUCGUUAAGUUCUGGGUCUAGCACGACUUCCUCCGCAACAUUGGCUUCUACUUCGUCUGACGACGCUCUCAAAGUAGCAGCACAGUACGGCAAUGGUGGCAGCUCUGGGUCCAGUUCUUCAACCAAUGGAGGCGCACCGUCUGUGUCUGCCCCAUUUGCCCAAACCACCCAUGACCAGGCUAUGGCGCAGAAGUACAAUAUCUCGGAGGAGUCCUGGAAGCACCACGCGCAGGCUCGAGCAAUCUUGUCCAACCUCAUCGGCCCCAAUGGCGAGCAGCUCACGUCGUCUGACCCAUACAACACUACCGUAUUUGUCGGAGGCUUGUCGCCACUGAUAUCUGAGGAAACACUAAGGACAUUCUUCGCACCGUUCGGUGACAUACACUAUGUGAAGGUUCCUGUCGGUAAACAUUGCGGGUUUGUACAAUUUGUUCGUAAGCCGGAUGCAGAAAGGGCUAUCGAGAAGAUGCAAGGCUUUCCCAUUGGUGGUAGUAGGAUUAGGUUAAGUUGGGGGCGCAGUCAAUAUAAAGCUGCCCAAGCUGCAGCACAGGCCGCUCAAGCCGCCGCUUUUCAAGCCCAAUAUCAAACUCAGGCUACUGUCCAAAACAGUCCGGCGUUGACUCCAGAUCAGGCCCUCCAGCUCUUGGAGAAAUUCGGUCUUACGCACGUCCUCAGCAAUGGCACAGUAGGACAGCCACCGCCACCGCCUGUAAUCGACACUUCUGCCAUCGCUUCCGCCGUGUACGUACAAGCUCCCCGUUCAGCUAUCGCGGCCGCGUUCAAGCCACCGAUAUUUGGGCUCAGUCAGCAGAGUAGUAACACCGCAUCGUCAUCUACCUUCUCGCCUUUCUCACCUGACCCCAAUUAUCUUGGUGAUGGCGCGAAGAAUCAGGAGUUGAAUUCUGUCCAGCCGCAACCGUUUGUAAAUCCAUCAAAGGGCUUUUCGUCGUGGUACACUUCAAUGCAGGAUGACAAGGCAGCGCAGAGUGGUGGAAAAGCCUCUCCAACGACCUUGCCGAACAUCCGUCCUCCGAGCGCGUCGCAGCGGUUCAACUCAUUGCUAGGGGAGACGACCUCUACGACGUCGCCAUUUCAGCAGAGCCGGGCAUCUUCUAGGCAAGAGACACAUAUCUCUAGGCCGGACAUUUCGCGAACAGGUUCACACGGCCAAGAUCAAUACAUAGGCCAAGAACAUGAACACGAUAUCAUUCAAGACCUGAAUGGUACACUCGCUAGUCUGGACCUCAACAAUAGUCCAGGGAUGUGGAAGGGCGGUGAAAGCGCGCAUACGCUGCCGUCGUCGCCAUGA